AUGCUUAAUCAUAAUUUUCUUAAUGUUAAAUGUAUUUAUUGCCGUAAUGCUAAAUCAACCUUCAAUUCGGUCCUAUCCGAUCUUAAUAAUUUAAAAUAUAGGGUUACCUCAGGGCAACACCUUUUUAACCGUGAACCUGUGUCGCAAUUUUCAAAUAAUAUUUUGUCUAUUUAUUACCAAAAUGUACGUGGCCUACGUACGAAAUUGUCUAACCUUCAUACUAACUUUGUUCUAUCCACACACGAUGUAUAUAUAUUAACCGAAACCUGGCUUUCCAAAGAAAUAUCUGAUGCUGAGCUGGGGCUUGAUUGGUAUGUAACUUUUAGAUGCGAUAGGAAUAUUAAUACUAGUUCUAGUUUACGUGGGGGUGGUACAUUAAUUGCUGUACAUGCUAAGUUCAGACCUACUAUAGUUUAUUCUCCGGUUCUUAAUGUUGAACAAGUAUUUGUACGCAUUUCCCUCCCUGGUGGUGCUUCUGCACUCUUAGCAGGCAUUUAUUUGCCUCCUUGUUCUGAUGUGUCUAGAUAUGAGAACCAUAGCGAUGCAAUGAAUCAUGUAUGGGAAUCCUAUCAAUUUGAUUUUGGUAUUGUAUGUGGCGAUUUUAAUUUACCCAAUAUUAGAUGGUCUAAUAGGGACUCUGGCCUUGAAUAUGAUGGUUCUGUUACUGAUAAAGUCCGUCAGAUCGGUGAUCAAUACGGAGCCCUUCACUUUGAACAAAAAAAUAAUGUCCCUAAUAUAUCUAACUCUUUCCUUGACAUAGUUUUUACAAAUAACAAAUUUGUCAAAGUUGAGGAAUCAUCUGAGCCCCUCUUACCUUGUGAUAUGUAUCAUCCAGCGCUUACUAUAUCCUGCACAUGUCCCUUAGAUAUCCCUGUCCUUAAUAAUAGUCAUUCUUUUCACGAUUUCAAACAUGGUAACUAUGUUAAGGCAAACGAUGAUUUACGAAAUAUUAACUGGGCUCAUCAUUUAUCGUCGUUAACGACAGAGCAGUCAGCUAAGUUUUUACAGAACUCACUACUGCAUGUCAUUGAUCACUGUGUACCUUUGCUCACUUUUCGUAACUCAUCCUUUCCACCCUGGGUAACUAAGAGCCUCAAGGAUCUUUUGGUCAAAAAGAAACAGGCCCAUACAAUUUUUAAAACAUUUGGUGGAUUUAAUAAUUACCGUUGUUUCUCUGUUUUACGUGCUCAAUGUAAAUUUUAA